UCCCAACAUUUCACUAGCACGGCUUAUAUUUGCGAGAAAUUAAGGAAUUUACACAAUUUUAUUAAUUAAUUUUACACUGUAUAACGUGUGAAUUUGCACAUUCUGGAAUUUUCCAAUUGAGGCGGCAAUAGCAACUGUAAAGUGUGCCCAAAAUCAAUGCAGUAAACGUGAAUUUUUGCGCUACGGGGAAGAACACAAAAAACAGGCGGCGGUGCAGCAGCAUACAACACCUGACACACAUCAAAAGAGACUUCCCCAAUUCAAGUCCUUAGAGGAAACACACACUUCCUUUGUAAAUGUGACCCAAGUGUGACAAUUACGUUGCGAGGGGCUAUCAUUGAUUACUGCAACUCUGGGAAUUGUUGGAGAGUUGAGUGGAGUUGCUGUGGUGCUGCCUUACAUAAGGAUUAUUUUGUUGCGCUGCGGUGCAUUGACCAAACCCAAAAUUGUGAAAGCAACCUCGACCUCCCACCAGCAAGUAAUAGAGUCAAGGGGUUAAACGUGUUUCAUAUUUGCUUGCGGUGGCGCUAGGUGGAACACAACAAAAUGGAUGUUUACGAUGUCAGUGAUGAUUUGGUUAAAAAGCUCAAUGACUGGAAAUUGAUUGGCAUCAUUUCGGGCAAAUUCAAUGAGCUCAAAGAGAACCAUUCGAAGGUGAAUUUUGUGGAGCAUGCCUUAAAGGAUUUCAAAUAUAUUGACAAGAUAUGUUGCAAUGUAAAAUUACGCGAAGAGAAAUCCAAUAAACGCAGUUCGGAAUUUCGAAUGUUGGGCAAUGAACAGUUCUCUUUGAAGAAUAAAAAAUACUUUCAGGCCUUGGAAUUGUAUAACAAAAGUAUUUGUUUCUCCGAACCGGGAUCAGAGAAUAUAGCCAUCGGCUAUGCCAACCGUUCGGCAGUCCUAUUCGAAUGGAAGCUGUAUCGUGAAUGUUUGCUGAACAUUGAAUUGGCCCGCAAAGCCAACUAUCCGGCCAGACUUAUGCACAAACUGGACAAACGCGAGGAUUGUCGCAAGCUAUUGGACUCUCAGCCACCCGAUGUGCAGCCAUAUGACUUUCAAAUGGAAUUCGAGCCACACCCACAAGUGCCCAAUAUUGCCAACUGCUUGGAAUUGCGUCAGACACCAGAAGAAGGCCGCUAUAUUUGUACAAAACGGGAUUUGGCCGUUGGCGAUCUAAUAGCCACCGAAGAACCAUUUUGUUCCACACUACUGCCACCAAUGAAGUUUAUACGUUGUGCCACCUGUAAAGUUGAGAACUAUUUGACUCUUAUACCCUGUGAAAGUUGUUGCUCAGUUAUGUUCUGCUCGGAAGAGUGCCGGGAGAAGGCGGUCAAUACCUUUCACAAGUAUGAGUGUCCCGUUAUAGACCUACUGCACACCAUGUUCAAUAAGACAUGCAUCGCAUUGCGAGUGUGUCUCUCAGCCUUGGAAUUGUUUCCCACCAUUGAGGAGCUUAUGGCAUUUUGUGAAGAUCCUGAAAAUCAAAAUCGUUCAUCGUUGAUUUGGACUAUAAUAUUCACAGCACGUGAACACUACAGAGCCAUACGCCUGGUUACCAAUCAACAUCUGCGCUCAGUAUCGGAUCUGUUUCAGCGCUCUGUCGUUUGCGCUGUACUCAAGCAUUUUAUGAUAAAUUUCACACCACUCAAAGACUUUUUGGGCGGUGAGGAUGGGCAAUUCUUUACGGAAUUACUGUUUCGACACUUACAGACAUCACCAAAUAUGCAUGGCAUUGAUUUGGUGGAACAGGUGAAUGAGACCAAGGACGAUACAACCCAUUCCUCGGGUGCUUUUGCCUUCCUAUCAUUGUUGAAUCAUUCGUGCGCACCCAACACUGUGCGUAUUUAUAAAGGUUGCAAGGCAUAUCUAUUUGUUUUUCGUCCUAUACCUGCUGGAGGUGUGCUUUAUGAUAAUUAUGGAGCUCAUUUUGCAAUUUUUCCCAAAUCGAAACGCAUUGAAACUCUAUCGAUACAAUAUCGUUUCACGUGCAAAUGUGAGGCAUGUGAAAGGGAUUAUCCAACAUUUAUAAGACUUCAACCCAAACUAUUUGUACCACAUGUUAUUGAUGAAACUGAUACGGCUAGCCUGAUAGCUUACGAUUUUGAUUUUGCACUGAAAAACUAUAGAAAAUAUUGCGAAUUUCUGACCAAACAUGGUGAGAACUAUCCCUGCCAUCAAAUCAGUUCAGCCGAAGAAAGUCUAAAAAUGGCUUUGCACAUUUUGGUCGAUGCAGUUCCUCUCAAGGCAAAAAUGAAUCAGAGUAAUGCCAACCUAUUUGAUCAGACUUCAGAAGCCAAAUUUACGGCAGUCAAAAAAGAACUGGAAGAGUCCCUUAGGGCUGAGAUAAAAGCCGCAACUAAUGCAACAGAAGUCAAGGCGGAGGUACAGAAACAAAUCAAUGCAUGAACCACAACAAAAACAACCACAGGCAACUCCAAGAUAGCUACCAACAGCAGAAGCAGCAACAACCGCAUAACGAAACAAACCCUAGGUUGACAAAACACAGAUCGUAUGUAGGUUCUCAAAAGCCUAUAUAUGCCCUUCAUAUGUGAAUAUAACGAGAAAAGAUAUCAGCAGCAGCAGAAGCAACGUAAUUUUUAGUGACAAACAGACCGACCGACAGACAAACGAAGUAGUAUAUCAAACUGCAAAUAAAACUUUUGCCAGUUCUACAAUUUGGCCGACAACAGAAAGAUAACUUUGCAUGUAGUAGCCUAAACCCCUUUUUUUAACGAAGAAAAUUAAGAUAAAAAACAACCGACAUCUUUUCUCUAUGUUUUCCUUAAUUGCUUUUAGAGUUUUUUUUAUUUUGUUUUUCGCCUUAUUUUAUAAUUAGUUUUUGACAAAAAA